GAGGCUAGAAGAUGCAUCGCUGCUGCAGAUGGAAACAUCAUACGAAAUUCAUUCUUUGAGGAUGGCUUGAAUAAUUGGUCUGGUAGAGGGUGCAAGAUACUUGUACAUGAAUCUAUUGGAGAUGGGAAGAUACUUCCAUUACAUGGAAGGCAUUUUGCUUCUACGAGCAGCCGCAGUCAAAGCUGGAACGGCAUUCAGCAGGAUAUUACUGGUAGAGUGAUUCGAAAAUUUGCAUAUGAGGUGAUUGCUGUUGUUCGAAUAUUUGGGAAUGCUAAUUCUGCCGAAGUUAUGGCUAGUUUGUGGGUUAAAGGAGUAAAUGGCCGUGAACAAUACACAAGCAUUGGGAAAAUUCAAGCAUCAGAUAAAGAUUGGUCCAAUUUGCAAGGAAAAUUUAUUUUGAAUGUUCAUACCUCAGACGUUGUAAUCUACCUUGAGGGGCCACCAUUGGGUACUGAUAUCCUUAUAAACAGUUUAGUUGUUAAACGAGCUGAAAAGCCUCCUCGUUCUCCAUUACUUACGUUUGAAGCAAGUAAACAUGCCACGCUUGAUUCAUUAUGUUAUGUCAACAAUAACAUUAUCUCAAAUCAUGAUUUUGCUCAAGGGCUGCAUUCCUGGCAUCUCAAUUGCUGUGAUGGAUUUGUAAUAUCAGGCGAGUCUAGCUUUUUCAAAGGAACUGCAUUAUCUGGAUCAAAUUAUGCUGUAAUCACUAAUCGCAAAGAAGUUUGGCAAGGCCCAGAGCAGGACAUAACUAGAAACAUCUCACCUGGUCUUCAUUAUACAGUCUCUGCUUAUGUGUGUGUUGGAGCAACUCAGGAUGAACCUUGCCAAGUCAUAGCAACGCUAAAACUAGAGCAUUCAGACUCAACAAGCUAUUUAUUUAUAGGGAGAGUUUUAGCAUCAAAUGAAAGAUGGGAAAAGCUUGAAGGCUCCUUCUCAUUGACAAGUAUGCCUCAUCGUGUAGUAUUCUUCCUCGAAGGGCCGCCUCCUGGACAUGACUUGCUCGUAGAUUCUGUUGUAGUGGCUCAUUCAGCUUUGAAGAUGUUUAAGAAUAUACCGUUUGGAGUCAAUAUAAUUGAGAACAGUAAUCUUAAUCAAGGCCUGAGUAAGUGGAGUCCUCUUGGUUCAUGCACUUUAAGCAUAUCCACUGGUUGCCCCCGUGUACCGCCUCCAUCCGCAAAAGAUUCAAUUGGUCAUCAUGAGCCGCUAAGUGGUCGUUAUAUUGUUACAACUAAUCGAACAGAAACCUGGAUGGGCCCUUCCCAGAUAAUUACAGACAAGCUAGUCUUACAUGUGACAUACCAGGUUGCUGCAUGGGUUCGUGUUGGAACAGGUACAAAAAGUCCUCAAAUUAUUAAUUUGGCCGUUGGGGUGGAUGACCGUUGGGUCAAUGGUGGGCACGUUCAAGUUACUGAUGACAGAUGGAAUGAAAUUGUGGGUUCAUUCAGACUUGAGAAGCAGCCAUCCAAAGUUAUAGUCUAUGUGCAAGGUCCUUCAAUGGGGGUUGAUUUGAUGGUUGCUGGGCUUCACAUAUUUCCAGUUGACAGGAAGGCUCGUUUUGACAAUCUAAAGCAGAAAACGGACAAGGUAAGGAAACGCGAUAUCAUCCUAAAAUUUCCAGUAAUUGAUGCUGGCAAUGCAUCUAAGACAAUUGUCAAAAUUAGGCAAAUACAGAAUAGCUUUCCAUUCGGAUCAUGUAUUAGUAGGUCGAGCAUUGAAAAUGAGGAGCUUGUUGAUUUCUUUGUGAAGAAUUUCAACUGGGCUGUUUUUGGGAAUGAGCUGAAGUGGUAUCAUACAGAACCUGAACAGGGAAGAUACAACUAUAGGGAUGCUGAUGAGAUGCUUGAUUUCUGCAAGAAACAUGGAAUGUAUACUAGAGGUCAUUGCAUAUUUUGGGAGGUCGAAGAUGCUGUUCAACAUUGGGUAAAAUGUCUAGACAAAAAUGAUCUAAUGAGAGCUGUUCAGAAUCGUCUCAGAAGCCUUCUCUCUAGAUAUAAAGGUAAAUUUAGGCAUUAUGAUGUGAACAAUGAAAUGCUUCAUGGGUCAUUCUAUAAAGAUAGACUUGGGGAAAAUAUCAGGAUCUACAUGUUUGAAGAAGCACGCAAACUGGAUCCGUCGGCCACCCUCUUUGUUAAUGAUUACAACGUUGAAGAUGGUUGUGAUGCAAAGGCUUCUCCAGAGAUGUUUAUUCAUCAUAUCCUUGAUUUGCAAGAACAUGGUGCACCAGUAGAUGGAAUCGGUCUACAAGGACAUAUUAACAAUCCAGUGGGACAAAUCGUGUGUGCUGCGCUGGAUAAGCUAGCCAUACUUGGACUUCCUAUUUGGUUUACUGAACUGGAUGUCGCCGCUUCAAAUGAACAUGUCCGUGCGGAGGAUUUAGAGGUCAUGCUUCGAGAGGCCUAUGCGCAUCCGGCCGUUGAGGGGAUAAUGCUUUGGGGAUUCUGGGAGCUGAUGUGUAGGGAUAAUUCUCACUUGGUUGAUGCUGAGGGUGACAUCAAUGAAGCUGGGAAGAGGUAUCUUGCUCUGAAACAGGAGUGGUUAACCCAUGCCGAUGGGCUUGUUGAUGACUCUGGAGAGUUUAAAUUCAGAGGGUACCAUGGGAGUUAUAGUCUGGAAGUAACUACUCCAGCGAAAAGAUCAUCUCAUUCAUUUGUUGUUGAGAAGGGUGAAUCACCACUGGUUUUACAUAUAAAGUCGUAGUUUUUACAGUGAGCAGGUCAGCAACAUUGAAAUGUAUAUGCUUACAGAGUUUAUACGUACAGGAAAUGAAUAUUACGAUGCAUAUAGUGUUUUUUCUCUGUUGUCCCAAUGCAGUCAUUUACCAGCUUUA